UCCUUCGCUCUUUGGACUGCGUGAGGAGCUCCAAGUCAUUUCGCUCAGGCUCCCUCACAGCUGACUUUGACUUUCAAAGGCCGAGACACAUCACAGGAGCUGCGGAGGGACAUUUCCUGCGCGCUAUCUGGAUCUGAUUAGGGCGUGGAUUUUAGGACCCUUGUUGUGGACAUGUAGCCAGAGUUUGAGCGCUGUGACCAGGGGGGAUUGGUGAACAGAUUAAGAGCCUUAUGUGGAGGUGGCAAGAGACGAACAUGCUUUUCCUGGAGCGCCCGUGUGUGAUGAACCUGGAGCGCGCCGACAGAGGGGAGCGUCCUUCGCCACGAGGCCUGGAGAUGGAGCCUCGUACUGGGGGGAAGAUGGGGAAGAUAUCCCUGGGCUUCCAGAGGAGCUCCACCUCAGAUGACGACUCUGGCUGUGCGCUGGAGGAGUACGCGUGGGUGCCGCCGGGACUCAGGCCUGAGCAGGUCCAGAUGUAUUUCUCCUGUCUACCGGAGGACAAGGUGCCGUACGUCAACAGCCCAGGAGAGAAAUACAGGAUCCGACAGCUCCUCUACCAGCUGCCCCCGCACGACAACGAGGUGCGCUAUUGCCAGUCUCUAACCGAGGAGGAGAAGAGGGAGCUCCACAUGUUCAGUGCCCAGAGGAAGAGGGAGGCGCUGGGGAGAGGAACACCCAAGAUCUUGCCUCGGGCCUUGCAACACUCCCGCUGUGAAAACUGUAGUGGAGGUAUCAACGGAGGAGAGAUGGCCAUCUUUGCAUCCAGGGCAGGACCAGUACCCUCAUGGCAUCCAUCAUGCUUUGUGUGCGCCACAUGCCAUGAGCUGCUCGUGGAUCUGAUCUACUUCUAUCAGAAUGGCAAAAUCCACUGUGGAAGACAUCAUGCCGAACUGCUGAAACCACGAUGCUCCGCGUGUGACGAGAUUAUCUUUGCGGAUGAGUGCACAGAGGCAGAGGGUCGUCACUGGCACAUGAAGCAUUUUGCCUGUUUUGAGUGUGAGACGAUGCUGGGGGGCCAGCGAUACAUCAUGAAAGAUGGCCGGCCCUACUGCUGUGGCUGCUUUGAGUCACUCUAUGCCGAGUACUGUGAGGCCUGUGGUGAGAACAUUGGUGUGGACCAUGCCCAGAUGACUUACGAAGGUGUACACUGGCACGCGACUGACCAAUGCUUCUGUUGUGCCCAGUGUAAGACCUCUCUGCUGGGUUGUCCCUUCCUGCCGAAGCAGGGUCGCAUCUAUUGCUCAAAAGCCUGCAGCCAAGGGGAAGAUAUCCAUGCCUCUGACUCGUCUGAUUCUGCCUUCCAGUCCGCCCGUUCACGUGAAUCAAGACGCAGCAUCCGCAUGGGGAAGAGCAGUAGGCCUGGUGACCAGUGGAGGCAGUCACAGCUGUUUAACCCCACUGCCACUGUCCCCUCAUUGGAGUACAAGUAUGGCGAUGGAGAGGGUGAUGGAGAUGUGGAUGGGGACAUUGAUAUUGUGGGUCGUAAGCUGGCAGGUCUAGGUCUGGAUGAAGAGAGGUUCUGGAGGGAGAGGGAAGAGCAGGAAGCCGGGGCAGAGGAGGAUCCAGAGGAGUGGGCCCAGCAUGAGGACUAUAUGACGCAGCUCCUGCUCAAGUUUGGCGACCGUGCAAUGUUACAUCAACCCCAGCAGCAAUCCCUAGAAGCUCCCAGCCCCAACAAUGACAGAAAUAGGCUGAUAGGUGUGUCUGAUCCCUGGCUUAAACCUGACACUGCAUCCAUGGGUGUUACUGCCUCCUCUCCAAGCCCUGCCAGCCCCACCCAGAGUCAGGCUUACAAUCAAUCCCAAAGCAACAGCCUUAGUCCUGGACUGAUUAGCAAGAAGCACCUCCCUGAAAUGUAUUGGGCCCAGUCCCAAGAUGGGCUGGGAGACUCAGCCUAUGGGAGCCACCCAGGACCUGCUAGUGCCAGGAAAAUCCAAGAACUGGACCAGGACCAUGAGCAAUCUGAGCCAGGAAGACAAGCAUUCUGGCAGGACCGUGGGCGUUGGUAUGAAGACUCCCUGGAGUGUAUCGCUGAUGAGCUACGAAAAGCUGAGCAGGGUGUUGGAGAUUCUAUGGACUCACUGGCUCUGUCCAACAUUACUGGUGCAUCUGUGGAUGGAGAUGGUAAAGACAGAUCUGUACUCUACUCCCUUCAUGGCCUGCAGGAUCCCUCUGAGCCUGCUGAUGACUGUGAGAAGAUGAGCAACAUGGGAACCCUUAACUCAUCCCAGCUUCACCACAGCACCAACUCACUAAAUCUCAACUCAGAGCUGGACCACCAGAGGGUGGUCAUUGAUGAGGAGGAAGAGGAUGGUGAUGAGGAGGUAUCAAUGGCAGUGAGGAGAAGCACAGCAGGAGGGCCUCUCUCAUUGCCCCCCCACCAGGAUGGCCUCCCUCCUUCGUUCCUCCAUGCUCCAGCUCUGAGAAGGAGCAAGUCUCAGUCUAGGCCACCGCAGAUGGUCAAGUUCUCUGAAGACACUGUUGACAAUGGAUAUAAUGGUGACAUGGAGGUGAACAUCAGACAGCACCCCAUGAGUGAGAAGCCACAGAGAAGGAUGUAUUGCCCAGAUGAGCUGGGACGAGAACGAAGCCGGCCAGCGAGCCACCACGGGCGCAGCGGGCAGCACCACCAAGGGAGACAUCACAGGAGACGCAAAGCCCGCUCAGACAACGCUCUUCACAUGGUGCCUUUGGAGAGGGCACAGAGGCCCUAUGAGCCCCAGCAGCAGAGUCUGAUAAAUCCUCAGGGUGGUGCCCUGCUCAGCCAACCUGCCCCACACAGGCUGCCGCUGGCCUACUCCCAAACACGAUCUGACUAUGCCCUCCAGAGCUCAGUGCAAGGAGACCCACGGGUUGCACAUUUCAGGGGCCUCUACAGAGAUGAGGAUGACUGGUGCUCCACCUGCUCCUCCUCUUCCUCGGACUCUGAGGAGGAGGGUUUUUUCCUGGGUCAGCCAAUCCCUAAGCCUAGGGCUGCUGGCCAUUACCAGUACUAUGCAGAGGACUACCCCACUAGGGUCACAGCUCUCUCAUCCCAUGGCCACAGCUCACGGACUGCUCGCCGAAAGAGCCACCGAGCCAAAAACUGUAUCAUCUCUUAACAGCCCAAACUGAUAACUAGGGCUGUAUGUGCUGCACUACACUAAGUGAUAAAAUCUGAUUUUCUGAUCAUAUUUGGCACAGAUCAAAUUUGUUUGGUCAGACAGGCAUGUUGAAAUGACUCACAUGCGCACAGACCGUCAGCUGGUGCCUCAUUCAAAAUAAGCCUAAUUGGAUUUUAUCCUUGACUCUCAAGUAGCCAAGGCAUUUUUAUUUUCUGAACCUGUGAAAUAAGCCUUGCAAGCUUUUAUAUAUUAUGGGCUACACAGUAAUUAGGAAUAAGGGUGUAAUUUUUCUAUACAUUCACACUAAGCUUGAAAAAUGUAGAGAAAUCCAGACAAAUUGAUAUUUAUCAACCACUGAUAUUUAUCCAACAGCCCCUAUCUCUAUGCUAGUUCAGCCCAAGAGACCUAUUUAUAGCAUAAAGAGUACACUUUUAUAUGCUGUAACUGCAUGUCCAAAGAGAAAAAAAUACAUUAUGUUGUGAAUAAAUUACCAAUCUUAUCUUUGGCCCUACUUCUCCCUUUAAGGCUAAAUACGUCUUAUCUAACCUCUCAAACAUAAAUUUCAUGGCUAAAUGUCAAGGUACAUAUCAGAGUUGACACACAUACAAAACUGAUUCAGGACAUAUUUGAUUCAGACAGCAAUGUAAAGGUCAGAUCAGUGCAACAUAUUGUCAGAAAAUCAUUUUUUUAAUGAGUGUGUGUGUCUACGCGAAUCUGGUCCAGCUUCUGGGACUUUGUUUUUAGCACUAAUAUGAUGUGUGAGGACUGGUGAACUUGGAAGCCCUACCCCCUGACCAGUAAUGGACAUUGAUUAUUGGUUGGAAUUUUCAUAUUUCUGGACAAUGGACAUCUAAAUUAUGCACAGACAUUUGUGAAGACAUUUACUUGUAAACUUUUUUCUCAUUUCAGCAUUUGUCAAUAUUUUUUUUUUUUCCUGUUAAGUUGAAAGCAAUACCAUUGUGUACAUUAAAAUGGCAACACUAUUGUAAACUCAAAGGUUGAUAAUUAAAGUAGCAUCUAGAAACUAACCAAAUAAUUAUUUAAUACAUGAUAGUAAAAUGAUAAUGUAUAUACUAAGUUAAGAUUUUAAUACUGGUAUUUUUAUAUCCUUGGUUUAAAUAAAUUUCUUUUGAAGUGUAUGAUGGAAAAAAGCAGUUGCAAUCAUUGACAAACUGACCUCAUCAAUGGUUUAUGAGAAAAAGAAAGUGCCACUCCACAAACCGUAUUCUUUACAGUAAAGUGCCAUGUUACCUAGUAACAGUGUCUAUUCUAACAUGUAUUCUCCACAAUACUGACUUUUGGUGUGCAAAAUAUAAAAUGUCAUGGCAGAGAUGCCCCCACCCCCCCCUUUUACCAUAUUCAGCCCAACUAAUUCACUACCCUUGCUCUGUCAUAACCAGUUAAUGCUUUGUAAUGUAAAGAAGCCUUUAAUAAAUACUCUCUCCAAA